AUGUUGCCAUCUAGAAGUGAGGGAAGUGGUUUCUCUAAUUCCUCACCCCAUCUUCCAGCCAUCAUGUCCACUUCACGAGAGUCCUCGGUAUACUCGUCCAUUCCAUUACCGACAAGGACUACCACGAGUAGACGCCCGACAACUGCAAGACCAACCACCACGGCGACUAGCAUCGCAUCACAGGACAUCGUUUGUGCCGUCAGCGAAUCUCGUGGUAUUUCAUCCACCGUCGGUCUUGCAUUUGUCAAUCUAGCCACAGCAGAGGUGAUCUUAUGUCAAUUAUGCGACAGUCCAACAUACGUCAAGACUGUCACCAAGAUCGGUGUCUUCGAGCCCAAUGAGAUUCUGUUCAUGAGCACCGUCGCCGAGUCCAAGCUGCGUUAUAUCAUCCAGGAGAAUCUACCUGAGCCCAUCCUGACCUUCUUGGACCGCCGAUACUGGUCUGAUAAAGCUGGACAAGAGUACAUGGAUCGGUUGGCGUUCGCCGAUGAGGCGGAGUCUCUGAAAGUAACUUUAGGUGGAAGCUACUUUGCCGCGUGUUGCUUUGCUGCGGCGCUGAAAUAUGUUGAGUCGGAACUUCAGCGGGUAUUCACCACCCACUCGCUACGGAUCAGAUUCGAGCCCUCGCAGGGGUCCAUGACAAUUGAUUUGAAGACUAUCGUCUCCCUCGAGCUGAUCCAAAACCUCCACAUCGCCAAAUCGCGGGACAGUCUGUACGGAUUGCUCAACCAGACAUUGACACCGAUGGGAGCUAGAUUACUCCGAUCGACUAUCCUUCAACCUUGCACCGAGAGAAAUAAGCUAACCGCCAGAUACAAUGCCGUAGAAGACUUGUCCACCAAGGAAGACAUGUUUGUGUCAGUUAGACAGUCUUUGAAGGGGUUCCUCGAUGCCGAUAAAGUGCUGAGCUCAGUUAGUACAUGGAUCUACACAUUGAACAAAAUUAACUGGACUCAGAUUAUUUUGGUUCCAACAAGACAGACUGUUCAAUAUGUUGAACAAUCAGUCAAUAAUGUCAUCAUCCUCAAGACCUUUGUGGCUUCUAUCAAAGUAGUCUAUCAGGCAUUAGGUGCAGCAGAUAGUGAUUUGCUUAUCGCCAUCCGUGAGGUCUGCUAUCCCGUGGGGCAUCAGGCAGUCGAACAGAUUAUUGAAGAUGCAUUGAACGAGAACAUCACCUAUCAAAGCAAGCCACUUGAUCUUCGCAACCAACGAAUCUAUUGUAUCAAGGCAGGUGUCAAUAGUCUUCUUGAUGUCGCGCGACAAACUUACAAAGAAGCGAAUGCCGAUGCAGCAGAACUUAUCUCUAAGCUCGGAGACACCCAUGACAUGACUUUGGAUCUCAAAUACGAUUCUGCCCGCCAAUAUUACAUUUCUAUUCCCUCUACCGAGCCAGAGUCUCUCCCGGAUGUACUCAUCAACAUAUACCGAAAGAAAAACUACAUUGAAUGCCAAACGCUCGACCUGGUGAAACUGAACCAAAAAAUCACAGAUGCCCACAACGAAGUAAUCAGUCUAAGCGAUCAAACCAUCCAAGAACUCCUCCGAGACCUCUGCUCCGAAGUCUCAGGACUCUUCCGAAUAAGCGAAGCAAUCGCCAUGCUCGACAUGCUAGCAGCAUUUGCCCAACUAUCAACUAGCCACGACUAUAUCAGGCCUGAACUAACGGAUACGUUAGCCAUAAAAGCCGGCCGCCAUCCCAUCCGCGAGCAGAUCCAUUCCAGCAAUUUCAUCCCCAAUGAUGCCUACGCGACGCCCCAGACCCGGUUCCAGAUUAUCACCGGCUGCAACAUGAGUGGUAAAUCCACUUACAUCCGGUCCCUGGCUUUGAUAACCGUCAUGGCGCAGAUCGGCUGCUUCGUCCCGGCCCAGUAUGCAUCAUUCCCAAUCAUGCACCAACUUUUUGCGCGCGUCGCAACAACGGAUGAUCUGGAUGCGAGCGUGUCUACAUUCGCCGCAGAGAUGCGCGAGAUGGCUUUUAUCCUGCGCAACGUCCAGCAACAAGGUAUGGUCCUUGUCAACGAGCUGGGACGGGGAACAAGCACGAAUGACGGGCUCGCGAUCGCAAUUAGCCUUGCCGAAGCACUCCUGGCCAGCAAUGCUUUCGUGUGGUUUGCCACGCACUUUCAUGAUUUAGCACGCAUUUUAUCCGAGCGCAGUGGUGUCAUCAAUCUACAUCUGGCAGCUGAGAUUACUUCGGACGCGGCGAAGAUCACUAUGUUAUACCACAUCGCUGAGGGGCCAGUACCAGAUCGUCGAUAUGGGAUUGCGCUCGCAAAGCUAGUGGAUCUCCCACCGCAAGUCCUUGAAGUUGCGACCACCGUAUCGGAAGAGCUAGAUCGGAUAUCUCAGCGUCGAAACAACCCAUCGCGUACAGGGGCUAUUUCAAGAAAGCGGAAGCUGCUACUAUCUCUACAAGAACAACUUAUCACAGCUCGAAAUGGGAAGAUGGAUAACGCGUCCCUUUUUCGAUGGUUGAAGAAGUUGCAGGAUGAAUUUGCAUUGAAGAUGGCUGUAAUUGGCCAGGAAGUUGAGGCGACUGAUGAAACUGAUGACCUAAAUGAUGCCGAGAUGGCCCCAGAGGGCAUGGAGGCACAAGCUAACUUUAUGGAAGACAACCGGGAUUUAGAUGAACCCAUUUCUUUCGCAGGUACGUCUGUGGCUAGCCCGAUUGUGAUCGAAUCGGAUUGUGAGACGGAUAGCACGGAUUAUGACAGCAUGGUACUCGUUUGA